CUUUCUUCGUUAAUUUUGUGUAACCUAUGGAUCGAGCGAGUAGAAAACGAGGCAGAGAACAGUAUGCUGCGGUAGUUAACCAAAUAUCUGAUAUACCUGACGUUUAUGGCGUCAAAAGACGAGCUUCGGAAAAGAAAUUGCGUUGUAACAACGCUGCCAGUACAACUCCUGAUCGUCUUGAAGAAAAUGAGGACGAUGAGUUUGGCGAUUUGGAUCUAUUCGACAUUUCGGACACUGUGGUUACUGCGCAAUAUCUUAUCGACAAAUUGUCUCUGACGGACAAAGCAAAGCGUACAGACGUGGCUGCAAAACUUCCGCGUAUAUGCUUCCUUCAUCAGAUUUACAGUAUUCUUCCGGAUAAUACAGCGGUGGAUCGAGAGUUGAAAGAAGCAAUCGAUACAGGAUCCUGGAGAAAGUUUCAUAUCGUAGGAUCAUUGGAAGACGAGUUUGCAAUCAUGAAAACGACUGAUUAUGUUGCGACAAUUGACGAUGCAAAGCGCGAAUAUAUCGCUGAAGAAGAAAGCAGAGGAGACAACAAGAAGCCAGAAAGAAUUGUUGUCACUGCAGAUCUGUUUGAUCGGUUCAAGAGAUUCGUUCUGGAUAAAAGACAUAACGAUGUGGCUGUAUCGCAAAAGUCAGAAGAAUUUACAUUCAACGAUAAAGAGGUUUCAUGUUUGGUCAAGCAUGGGUUGAUGCUCCCACACAUUCAAAAGACGGAUACGUAUUGGUUUGCCAUUCGACGUCAAGGCAUGUUCAUGUCGCAUUAUCUGAAAGGAAGAACUGAGAUUCUACGGAUACUGAAAAAGCGGCCGACGCAUGAUAUUCUUGAAAAGCAACUGGCAGCCAAAAAGCUACGAUCUAUUUUUCGGCAUGAAUUUAUAUUGCACGAUCUUGUCGGCAGUGGGCGAGCGGAGAGGUAUAUAUAGAGGGAGAAGCAGUAAUAGCUAAGACACAAUACUAAACGCGGGUCUUGUUUAACGAUGCAUGGUGUAUACAGAUAUAAGACGACAAUGGGCGAUUUGAUUCGAAUAACAAAAAAAGGUGAACGAAUGCAAU